AUGAGUAGGCUCUUCCACCGACUCAGCUUUCGGCGGAAACCGCGACCCAAGCCCUCGGAGGGGACUAAGAGUGCCCCAGUGUCAUGUCCAGACUUGACAUAUUGCGUCCGCUCCAACGAGAUCACGGGAUAUUUGAAUGACAAUUCAAUCCUGCCCCGCCCAAUCCUUAAACGAUGCUUGGAAUUCAUCGACAAUAUGUUCUUGCUGGUCCACGUCAAAAGCGUAAGCCAUAUGUUCGAGGAACUGGUAGAUGAACGAGUUCGACAAGUUGUCAGCAUGGACGUCAGGCGAAUAGACUCGGAGUACUGUAGCUGCGAAACCUUAAAUGACGGUAAUGGGACAUGGUAUCAACAUCCCGGAGAUUUGAGACUGUUUGUGAGGAUCAUCGGAGACCAUGUCGACAUAUUGGUAGAAGAACAAUGGACUUCGAAAGAGGUCACUGCGCUUUGCGGAGUCAUGAAGUUUUUCCGGACAUCACUCACCAGGAUCUCCUUGGACGCUGCCGUUAUCGAGCUCGUAAGUCCGCUUCUUGAAACACAACUUGAUUCUGAAGGUGAUCGCAAAUCUUUCCCUCAUCGACUUGGACCGGUGGUAUGCAUUCCAAUGUUUUAUCCAAGCCAUCGAAGAUCCUCGAGUCCAUCUAAACUUCCAAAAUCUACCUAUUAUUGGUGACAGGGACGCUCCUACACAACAUUACUGGCCUUCUGUAGAACAAUUAGUCAUCCGGACCACAGAAAGAGACUCCGUACAUCUGGCCAGGUAUUAUAAAGUGACUGUUUGGAAGAUAUUUUUAGAUUACUUGAUUACGGAGUCAGAUCUCACACAGUCCUCAAUAGAACAAAGCUAGAGGAGUUGAGAGUGGAGGUUGAAGGGAUUGAGAAGAUGAAUCGGGGAUUAAAUAGGAACUUGUAUCACUUUCGUUGUUGGGCUGGCUCGGCUGGCUUCGACGAUCGCUUUUCUCAUCACUUUGCAAUUGGGACGGCAUAA